GGAUGUGAUUGCACGCUCUGGAGGGUUGAACACGGGUUCAGGUUGUCUUUGUUGGGAUUGUCCUAUUGUGCCUGGGUGCUCUUCGAGAUUGCGGCUUGGUCACUGCCUGGUCGGGCGGGUGCAAUGCCGCUUCUUCGGGGAGUGUGGGGCGUGCUGAGUGCCCUGGGAAAGUCCGGAGUGGAUCUCUGCGCGGACUGUGGGAGCCGACUGCGCUCUCCCUUCAGUAGUUUUGUGUAUAUACCGAGAUGGUUUUCAUCCACCUUGAGAAGUUAUCCAAAGAAGCCUAUGACUUCAUAUGUUCGAUUUUCUAAAGAACAGCUACCCAUAUUUAAAGCUCAGAAUCCAGGUGCGAGAAAUUCAGAACUGAUUAAAAAAAUCGCAGAGCUAUGGAGGGAACUUCCUGAUUCAGAGAAAAAAGUAUAUGAAGAUGCUUACAAGGCAGACUGGCAGGCAUAUAAACAAGAGCUGAUCAGAAUUGAAGAAGAGCUAACUCCAAGUCAGAGGGUAGCUUUAGAAAAAGAAAUGAUGCAAAAACGUUUAAAAAAGAAAUCGAUAAUAAAAAAGAGAGAGUUAACACUGCUUGGAAAACCGAAAAGACCUCGUUCAGCUUAUAACAUUUUUAUAUCUGAACGCUUCCAAGAAGCUAAAGAUGGUACCUCACAGUUAAAGCUGAAGGCUGUAAAUGAAAGCUGGAAAAAUCUUUCUAGUUCUCAAAAGCAAGUAUAUAUUCAACUUGCUGAAGAUGAUAAAGUUCGUUAUUUUAAUGAAAUCAAGUCUUGGGAAGCACAGAUGGUUGAAGUUGGACGUGAUGAUCUUCUUCGUCGCAAAGUGAAACCCCAAGCAAAAAGCACUGAGAAGCAUUAAAUAGAAGAUUGAGUUAUGAUCAUAAGGGAUAGACACAAGAAACCAAUUAGGUCUCAAUAUCUGAAAUUCUUAUAAAAUUAGAAGGGUAAAGUUGGUAAACAUUUUAUACUUAAUUCCUUUUUCUUUACACCAUGGACUUCUGCCAGUUCAAUACAUUUUGUAUUGGUGUCUUGCUUUGGAAAACUCAUACAAAAGUUCAUGCGAAAUUUAUUUUGUGUUUGGAAACUACAGAGGAUCAAAAUAAUCCAUGAAAUGUAUCAGUAACCAUUUUACCUUUGAUAAAGGUGAAUCAGACUGUGAAGGUUUUUUAUAAUACUUGACUGUGGAAAGGGUAUUCUUGUUUCCUUACAUUAUGGAGGCAGGGGUUUCCUAUUCAGAAGUGUCCCAAACUGUAGAACUGUAGUGUUCUAUGAUUAAUUGUGCAUUUUUUAAAGAGCACGCCCAACUCAUUUAGGUAAAUUCCAAUCUGUAGAUAUAAUUUAUAUUCAGGGCUGACCGUUGUAUAGGCAAGGGCUUGCUGGUUUCAGUUGCAACUUUUUGUACAAGAGAUGGAGAGAUUUGUAAACCUUUUCCUCAUUGUCUUUUCCGAAAGUAAAAAUUAAGACAUUAUGUACUAAAUCUAUGCAUAUUGUUUUAUAUUGCAUAGAAUUUUAAUUUUUGUGUUUCCUAAUUACAGAUUUAAGGUGAAACAUUUGUUUUACAGCUUUUUCUUUUUAAGUAGGGAUAUGCAUUCUGAAUUAUUUUUUUCUCAAGUGAGAGUAUUUAUCCAGAGAGUAGAGAAUUUGUCUGGUAAGUUUUAAAAUGAGAGAUCCCCAAACAGAAGUCUCCAAAGUCUCUAGACCUGGAACCUAUAAUUUUAAAACAUUUUCUAUAACAUAAAAGACAUAUAAGUGACUGCCAGCUCUGGCCUGUGGGCCCAAUUCACCCCACUGUGUGUUUUUCAUGGUCUAUGAGCUAAGAAUUUUGUUUACAAUUUUGAAUGGUUAAAAAAUAUUUCAGGACACAUGAAAAUUAAUAUGAAAGUCAGUGUCUAUAGAUAAAGUCCUGCUGGAAUACAGCCAUACUCAUUCAUUUAUGUUUUCUUUAUGGCUGCUUUUGUGCACCAAUGACAGAGUUGAGUAGUUGCUUCAGAGACUAUGUAGUCUGCAAAACCUAACAUAUAUACUGUCUGACCCUUUACAGAAACAAUUUGCUAGCCCAGCAUCUGCAGUUACAGUGUAGUGUGACAAGUGUUCCAGUUUAUUGAUAUGUUGGGAUAGGUUUUUUAAGUGACUCAGAGGUCCUUAUUUUAGAAUUUGUCAGCAUUGUCUUAGGAGGAAGAGGUCAAAUCACAAAAGCUAAACUGUUGUCCCACAGUAUUAGCAAGAAAAAUAAUCGUUUCAAAUUACAUUGCAUUAUAAUAAAAGUUCCAUCUAGCGUGGAAUGAGAUUCUCUUAAAUUAUUUGCUACACCUUGGUACAGUGAACCUUUAGAGUUUUCCAGUUAGCACAUAUCCAGAAAUCUUACCAUCUUUUAGCAUUUGUUUAUCCUCCUAAUAGAGUCAAGCAGUUUCCACAAUUCACAGUACCUUUUUGAUCAAAAUAAUUCAUCUUUCAUCAUCAGUUCAUAGGAAUAGGAUAACUCAAAAUUUAUGUGUACCUUAUAUUAUGCAAACUAGUUAGGAAUUCUCGAUUCUAGAUCUCCAGAAAAAUUUUGAAGAUUUUUGUUGUUUGUAGAUAGAAAAUAAGUAAAAAGUCAUGCCUUGUUCUAUACUGAACUUGACAAAGGUAUGGACUACAGACUGAAGAGAAAAAUAUAACUUAAUAGGAAGCUUAAGAUUAAAGUUGGGUGUUUUCAAACAAUUUUCUCCUGUGGCUAUGAACAGAGGACAACGUUGGCUAUUAGUUAAAUAGAUACCAUGAGGAGAGGGGUUGAGGAACAAGAGGUGUACUAGUAUCUGUGUUUCUUGGGCUUCUGAGAGAGAUUAAGCUCUAAUUCUGUGUGGCAUCUCUAAUGGUACUGAUUAUGUAUCAUACUUAGGAGAACAGAAAAUCUCAUUCAAGUCAUUUACUGUGUUCUGUGCAUCAGAUGAGCCCAGAGAGCUCUAGGAGUCAGUAUUUGUAAUGUUGGAGGAUAGGUGAGGUUGAGAAAUGAGUUAUGUAAACAUUUGGAAGACGUGUGUUGUAUAAAACAGAUCUUUGCAAUUAUCUUAUUCCAAGCUCUUCAGCAUUCAACUACAUAAACUAUUUCAUACAGAAUACAUUCAAAUCAUAUCUUCCUAAUUAUAUUAGGAAGUUCAGUGUCUAGUACUCAAGUAUUAAUACAGGAGGAAAAGAAGUAUGAAAUAGUGCCCUGACUGGAAAGGCCACUGGUUCGAUUCCUGGUCAGGGCACAUGCUCAGGUUGUGGGUUUGGGGCACAUACAGCAACAUAAUCAAUGUUUCUCACAUCGAUGUUUCCCUCCAUUUCUCCCUUCCCCUUCACUACCCAGAAAGUGUAAAACAGUGAAAAGAGCUAAAGUAAAAAAACAUUUUAUGGUAAUCGGUUUUUAUUUUUUUUUUUUUCUAAAAGAAUGUCAUUGUUAAUGCUUUGAAUAUUACAAUAAUCUCAUUCCAUGCCUUUCUUUAUAAACUUCAGUACAUGUUCAAGAUUGGUAGGCCAUGUACCGGAUGCCUUCUGGUUUAACAAUGUGAGCACAUUUUUUUUGUUGUUGUUGUUUUUAUUUAUUGAUUUUUGAGAAAGGAAGGGAGAGAGAAAAAAAUUGAUUUGGUCCACUUGUUUAUGCAUCCAUUCAUUGAUUCUUGUAUGUGUACUGACUGGGUAUUGAACCUGCAACCUUGGCAUAUCUGGACGAUGCUCUAACUGAGUUACCGAGGCAGGGCUAACCUCUGUUGUAAAGAAUAAGAACUUAUGUCAAUAACCAGUAGCCACUCAUAUAAAGCUUUUCUUUUAGACUAAGUUGACCUAACCAACUAAUUGCUAUAGGAAGAGUGCUAGGUGGAAAGAUGCUGAAGAAAUGAAAGCUUGCGCUGUUCUGAGCACAUGUUGUCCAGAGUCAUGAGGAGAUUUCUCUACUUUGUUUAUUGGUGUACCAGUUUUAGGUUUGAAAUACUUAGAUGACAGGAGAGGUUGUGCGGUAAUUCUACUUUCUGAUGUUUAUUUGAAGGAUGUUGUGUGAAGAUUUAGCCUGCUGUAAUCAUGUAAUUUUGCUAUUGCUUCUGGCUAACUCCUUUUUUGAAAAUGCCGUUUUUUAAAAACAAGGUGUAUAUUUUUAUAGAUUCUAUGAAUGUGUGUGUAUUUAAAUUUCUGAAUUAAAUUGAUUUAAAGUAACUACCAAA